AUGGCGUUCACGCUGAAGGUGACGAAACUGCCCUCCACCUCUCUGGCCUACACCAACCUGGCUUAUGUACACCCCGAAGUGUAUUCGCAGCUGAACCCGCGGGGGGCCUCCUCGGGUGUACAGACACCUCAGCCGGUGCACUGCCACGUGGGGUGUAUCGUCUUGGGAGUAAUGCCCGAGCCCGCAGUGCAGCGCCUCGAUAUUGGCCUCAGCAUUUGCCACCGCGAAAGCGCCAAACUCCAAAUCGGAGAUUCUCUUCACCUCCGCCGCUUUGCCCUCCAAACGCCCGCAGCCGCCGCGGCCCUCCGCUUCGAAGUCAACACCUACGUCAAACCAGUGGAGCCGCUGGAAGUAAAGCGGGAGGACUUGGAGGAAGAUUUGCGGCGGAGUUUUGAGGGACAGUUUUUUUGCGUCGGACAGUCCCUCGCCCGCAAACUCGGCAGAGAAACCCUCCGACUCACCAUCACCCACAUGGAGCCCGAGCAGCAGCCCGGCGACAAGCCCCGCAGCAGCGAGCGUCUGGACUUCCUCUCUCUGUCUGCCUCGACUGUGCUGGACUUUGUGGGGUGCCGCGGGGAUCGGGUGAGCGUGCGCGGGAUCGGGAUCGGGAUCGAGUGUGGGGCCCCACAAGUGGGGAUCGCCUCCUCGUUCCUGGAACUCGGGAUCGGCGGACUCGAAAAAGAAUUCAAAGAAAUCCUCCGCAGAGUCUUCGCCUCCAGAAUGCUCCCGCGGGGCCUCGCGGCGGAGUUGGGAAUAAAACACGUAAAGGGGCUUUUGUUAUAUGGCCCUCCAGGAACUGGAAAAACUCUUAUUGCGAGGCAGUUGGGGCUUUGUUUGCAUGCAAGAGAGCCAAAAAUAGUCAGCGGACCCGAAAUUUUGAACAAGUUUGUGGGACAAUCGGAGGAGAAUGUGAGGAAUCUUUUUAAGGAUGCAGAGGAGGAGCAGCAGCAAAAAGGAACGGAGUCCGCGCUGCACUUGGUGGUUUUUGACGAGCUGGACGCGAUUUGCCGCAGCCGCAGCAGCAGCAGCAGCAGCAGCAGCAGCAGCAGCGUCACGGACUCGGUGGUGAACCAGCUGCUGGCCAAAAUAGACGGAAUUAAAGCUCUCGAUAACCUCCUUCUCGUGGGAAUGACAAACAGAUUGGAUUUAAUCGAUGAAGCUCUUUUAAGACCCGGAAGAUUCGAAGUUCUCGUCGAAGUCGGACUCCCCGACUUCGCCGGAAGACUCCAAAUCCUCGAAAUCAAAACCAAAGAACUGCAGCAAAAAGGCCGCCUCCACCCCUCCGUGGACUUCCAAACCCUCGCCGAGAGGGCCCGCAACUUCUCGGGGGCUGAGUUGGAGGGUUUGGUGAAGUCUGCUGCUUCUUUUGCUUUCCAACGAGCCCUGGGACCUGCUGCUGCUGCUGCUGCUGCUGCUGCUGCUGCUGCUGCUAAACCCCAAAAAAGGGUUUGCGAACUCGCGGCCAUUCAAAUCCUCCCCGAAGACUUCGACCGCGCCUUCCAAGACCUCAAACCCGCCUUCGGCAGCGACGAGCAGCGCCUGUCUUCCUGCAUGCCCCACGGCAUCCUCGACCUCAGCAGCAGCAGCAGCAGCAGCAGCAGCAGCAGCAGCAGCAGCAGCAGCAAGCGGGCGCAGGCCACCUGCCUGAGCCUGGGGGCGCAGGUGCGCAGCAGCAGCAAAACCCAAGUCCUCUCGCUGCUGCUGCAGGGCCCCCGCGGCAGCGGCAAGACAGCACUGGCAGCAGCAGCAGCAAAACUUCUGGACUUUCCUCUCACUAAAUUGGUGUCUCCGGAAAGCUGGGUGGGCCUCUCCGAGGGCCCUCGGGUGUCUCUACUCCUCAGGGCUUUCCAGGACGCCUACAAGUCCCAGCUGUCUCUUGUGCUGCUCGACGACCUCGAACGCAUCGUCGACUUCACCCCCAUUGGACCCAGGUUUUCGAACUUGGCGCUGCAGGCGCUGCUGGUUUUGGUGAAGAAGCAGCCGCCGAAAGAAGGCUCCAAGUUGCUGGUGAUUGCCACCACUUCCGAGCCGGAGUUCAUCAGGGACUCCGGAAUUGCAAAGGCCUUCAACGUUUGCCUCGAAGUGCCGCCCCUGAGGGGCCCCGAGGAAAUCGCGGCGGCGCUGCGCGAGCACAGCGCAGACCAAUACGAGUUUCCGGAGGAGGAAAUUCAAAAAGGUAUCUGCCGGUCUGGGGUCAUGGAUACCAUCCCGAUAAAGCAGCUCAUUAUGGUCACAGAAAUGGCGGCAGAGAAGUCCAAACCAGGGUCCCUGCGCCUCCUAGUGCCCAGCAUCCCCGCAGGCCUGCGGGUGGAGGGGGCGGAAGCUGCUGCUCUCGCGGACUUCGCGGGGGCCAGCGGCUCCGAACUUCGCCAAAAACUGCAGGCGGCCUUUCGCGGCCUUCAGGAGGCCUACGCCCUCAAGUUCACUCUGCAGCGCCUCAACGCCCUGCAGGAGCUUUGCAUGCUGGAGGGAAAGUUCAGGGCAAUUGAACACGAGCUGCCCCCGCAGCAAGGGCCUGCUGAGGUGUAUGUACACCUCAGGUACGCCUCGCUCGAGGCUUUGUUGGCUUCUUCUGCUGCCACUUUUACUUCUUUUCCGGAAGCAAAUCAAAAAGAGGCCCCACAGGGGGCUGCGCAAGAAGCAGGCUGCCCCAGCAGCAGCAGCAGCAGCAGCAGCAGCAGCAGCAGCAGCAGCAGCAGCAGCGGGAGGGGGGAGCCUGAGGGCGCAGACGGCGCCGCCGAGGUGUCUAGGCAGCUCUUUAGGUUUUGGGCCUGCUGUACUGACACCUCAGGACAAGUGCAGCAGGAGCAGCAGCAGCAGCAGCAGCAGCAGCAGCUGCAGCAGCAGCAGCAGCAAGUCUCUUCAGACUCUGUUUACACUCUGGCUGUGCCGCAGCCGCGUCUACCGUCUCCUGAACUAAGUUUGUCUGCAACAGAAGCCCCAGCAGCAGCAGCAGCAGCACCAGCAGCACCAGCAGCAAAAGCAGCAGCACAACCACCGGAAUCGGGUGCAGCAGCAACAGCAGCAGCAGCGGAUGCAGCAGCAGCAGCAGCAGCAGCAGCAGAUCGGAAAGAGGCCAUGCAAUUAGAAGCAAAGGUAGCAGCAGCAGCAGCAGCAGACACAGCAGCAGCAGCAGCAGCAGCAGCAGCAAAGCGACCUCAGCAGCAGCAGCAGCAGCAGCAGCAGAAGAGGCAGCAAAACGGAAACCGCGAGAAGCAAGAAAAACAGCAGCAGGUCAGAGCGGCGCAGACGAGGUCAGCACCAGUGGCCUCCCCCACAGCAGCAGCAGCAGCAGCAGCAGCCGCUGCAGCAGCUGCAGCAGCAGCAGCAGCAGCAGAAGCAGCAGCAGAAGCAGCAGAUGCUGAGGGGGCUUCGGGGUCCCCCCAAACGCCCCUGUUGCCUCUGCUGCGUGGGAGUGGCGCUUCAGUGGAGACAAAGACGCCCAGCAGCAGCAGCAGCAGCAGCAGCAGCAGCAGCAGCAGCUUUGCUGCUGCUUCGCCAAAAGCAGCAGCAAAGCACAGCUACCAGGAAAGGGAGAGGCAGCAGCAGCAGCAGCAGCAGCAGCAACCCCACUCCCAGAACCACCAGCAGCAGCACUACCAGUACCAGUACGAGCACCAGAAGCAGCAGCAGCAGCAGCCGCAGCAGCCGCAGCAGCAGCAGCAGCAGCAGCAGCAGCAGCAGCCACCUCCUCUUAGGGUUGCCUCUCCUCCCCCCCUUACUCCAACAAAACCGUCCCUCUAUGCCCAUGACCUGCAGCACAAGCAGCAGCAGCAGCAGCAGCAGCAGCAGUGGCAUUAUCAACAGCAGCAGCACUACCAGCAGCACUACCAGCAGCAGCAGCAGAACUACCCGCAGCAGCAGCAGCAGCAGCAGCAGCAGAGGACUCCACGGCCAUGGCCUCUUCAGCAACAGGGGCUUGAGCCUCCCUAUGGCUUCCCUGGCGAGCCUCCUGCCCUCUUAAGUGAGCAGCCGCAGCAGCAGCAGCAGCAGCAGUACCAGCAGCAGCAGCAGCAACAGCAGCAGCAGCAAUCACAGCAGCAGCAGCAGCUGCUGCUGCUGCUGCAGCAAACAAGACCUGCCUUUACGCGGGUUAUGCUCCCCAGCCCCAGGACGCCCAUGCUGGUGCUGCCUCAGCGCGCAGCCGCACAGCAGCAGCAGCAGCAGCAGCAGCAGCAGCCACAGCAGCAGCAGCAGCUGUCUCUGCUGCUGCAGCAGCAGCCUGAGGGCGCCCUAAUCCUCACAUCCCCAAGUCAGCAAUUUCAGCAGCCUGUAUAUUCUGUGCAGCAGCAGCAGCAGCAGCAGCAGCAGCAGCAGCAAAUGGCUGUGCAGGAGCAGCAGCUGCAGACAAUACACCUCCUGCAGCAGCAGCCAGACGCUUCUGCUGCAGCAGCAAGAACCCAGUGGCAGUGGACGCCUCGAAUAAGCCAUCUGCAGCAGCAGCAGCAGCAGCAGCAGCAGCAGCAGCAGCAGCAACAACAGACGCUGCAGCACACGAUACGUCCGCAUCGCGUGCUGCUGCAGCAGAUUAGAGAGCAGCAGCAGGACAAUCAGCAGCACACUCAGCAGCAGACGGCGCAACCGUACGAGAAAACAGAGCAGCAGCAGCAGCAGCAGCAGCAGCAGCAGCAGCAGCAGGCCCCCUUGGCACAUACCUCCUGCAUGCAACCCCAGGUGAGCAGCAGCAAACCCGAAGAGCCACAGGGGCCCUUCUUUGCUUUUGCUGCUGCCAGAAGAGACAAGGAAGAAGCAGCAGCAGCAGCAGCAACAACAGCAGCAACAGCAGCAACGGCAGCAGGAACAGCAACAGCGACAGCAGCAGCAGCAGCAGAUGCUACUCAAGUGGCUCCGCUCUUAGCAGACAUGCAAGGCGCUUCCACCAUGGCAGACGCAGCACUGCAGCAGCAGCAUCUGCUGCUGCAGCAACAGCUGCAGCAGCAGCAGCAGCAGCAGCAGGCAUUAACCUCUACCUUAGGCCCGCACCGCAUGCAUGCUCCCAUCUACCCGACCAUGCAGCAGCAGCAGCAGCAAGAGCAGCAACAGCAGCAGCAGCAACAACAACAGCAGCAGCAGCAACAGCAGCAACAACAACAGCAGCAGCAGCAACAGCAGCAGCAGCAACAGCCCGCAGAAGAGGGGUUAAUAAAGCCCCCUAUGAGCCCAGAGGAGAUUCCUCAGGAGACACAAACCACUGGACUUCCUUGGCAGCAGCAGCAGCAGCAACAGCAGCAGCAGAAGCAGCAGCAACAGCAAGAGCAGCGACAGCAGCAGCAGCAACAUAUCUCUCUUCAGCCGAGCGAGCUGCAGCAAAGAGGGCAGCUGCUGAUGCAAAAGCAGCUACAGGAGGAGCAGCAGCAGCAACACAGCCGUACCAGCAGCAGCAGCAGCAGCAGCAGCAGCAGCAGCAGCAGCAGCGGCGGAAUGGUCCAGUGGUCCCCUGCUUGGCAGCCAGUGCAGGAGGCCCCCCAGUGGGGCCCCCCUAGGGGCCCCAUUGGGGGCCCCAUGGGGGGCCCCAUGGGGGCCCCCAUGGGGGCCCCCAUGGGGGGCCCCAUGGGGGGCCCCAUGGGGGGCCUCAUGGGGGGCCCCAUGGGGGGCCCCAUGGGGGCCCCCCCUCUUGUGGCGACAACUCGUGAGGGUUUGGCUGUCCCGUUUGCUUUUGCUGCAGCAGCAGCAGCAGCAGCAGCAGCAAACUGCGGGGAAGCUGUGCACUUUGCUGCUCCUGAUAUGGGGCUUGUGGGUGGCCCAGCAGCAGCAGCAGCAGCAUCAGCAGCAGCAGCAGCGGCGGCGCCUCCGUUCGUGGCUGCUGCUGCUGAGAUAGAAGAACCCAGAAGCAACUUUUCCUUUCCCUCUGCUGCUGCUGUUACUGCUGCUGCUCCUGCUGCUGCUGCUGCUGCUGCGGUCCCUGCUGCAGGUCCUGCAGCAAGUGUGCAGCGACACACAGUGUGGGUGCCGCUGCACCGACCGCUGCAGCAGCAGCAGCAGCCACUGCUGCAGCAGCAGCAACAGCAGCAGCCACUGCUGCAGCAGCAGCAACAGCAGCGGCUGCUGCUGCAGCCGCACAUGCAGCAGCAGCAGCAGCAGCAGCCGCUGCUGCAGACAACGCUGCGCCUGCCUCUGCAGCAAGGGCCCCAGGGGCCCCUGCUGCUGCAGCAGGGGGCCCCCAAGGGGGCCCCCCAGCUUCUGCUGCAGAUGGUGGGGGCCCCUGUGGGGCCCCCCAAGGGCGUGAGCUGGGGUGUACAUACACCGUAG